CCCCUGUGUUGGACCGAGGGCACAGCCAACUCUGCUUCUCUGGCUGGAAACAACAGGGGUUGGUAGCCUAGAGAAACUUCAAACGGAGGUGAGAGAUGAAUGCUAAAACUGCUCUGCCACAAGUUGCUUUUUAUAGCUCAACAGAUGACACGCCUCCUGCAGUAUUAUACAGUCAGAGAACAGCAGUCUGCAGGCUUUAGACAGAGUCACACAGAGUUAUGCUUCAACAGACCGAACAACUUCCACUUAAUGUUAUUCGUUCAAAUCCUGCAUCAUGGGAAGCUUUUUCAGCAUAUUCAGAAGCAACGACACUAAAGACAGACAACCGGCGGCACUGAGUUGGGACCGUGGAUCACAAUGUAUAUCAAGACCGCACACUAAUGAGGCAAAGACAGGACGACACACUGGCACCACAGUGAACCUUGUUCUUUUGGGAAUGGCUGGGACUGGAAAGAGUGCCAGUGGGAACACCAUCCUUGGACAGAAACACUUCAUUUCUACACCCAGUUCAAAGCCGGUCACCACAAAUUGCCAGAAUGUACAAACUGAGAUCAGUGGUGUAGACGUAAAUGUGAUUGAUACCCCAGAUAUGUUUGAUGAUGACAUUGCUCCAUCAGUUAGGGGCAAACAUGUGCAAAGGUGCAAACAACUCUGUGAAUCAGGACCAUGUGUGUUUGUACUUGUGAUGCAUGUGAGCAGAUUUACAGAUGGUGAGAGAGACAUCAUGGAAAAGUUAGAAAAAGCUUUUGGGAGGGAAGUUAGAGGACGAACAAUCAUCCUGUUCACCCGAGGAAACGACUUGCAGCAGGCGGGAAUGGGCUUGGAGGAUUUUCUUCAUUCUUGCCAACCUGAUCUGAAGAAAAUAGUUGAAAAGUGUGGAAACAGGUGUGUUCUCUUUGAGAACAACAAAUCAGGUCCUGAUCAGGUUGAAAAACUAAUGAAGGUGGUAAACACAAUACUCAAAGACCAGAAUAAUGUAUAACUUAAAGUGCUUGGAAAAGAUGUUUUUUUGUUGUUGUUUUUUAAUUUUCUCCAUUUAAAGCAAUGCAUUGUCAGGGAUUGUAACAUCUAGUCCUUUUACUGAAUCAUAUGAAUUACCAUACAGACAAGAAGAGAAGAAUGACCUUUUAUGGUUUUCUAUGGAGUUUUGUCAAAUGAGGCAAUGAAAGCUUG